AUUCAAGUAAUGACGUGUCUUAAAAGCAACAGAGCCGAGGAGAGACGCAUGCAACUCGAUAUGUUUCGUAUUUGUUUAUUUUGUAACAUAUUGAGAAUUUACUGUUGAGGUUAAGUGCAGUGUGAUGCGGAGAGAUAUUUUACUGAUUGUGCUGACACUCGUUAAUGUUGGCAGUUUUCACGAAGAAAAACCAGAUACACUGCUUUGCCGUCAGUGUGGUGCUGAUGUAGGACAUUCGAAGCACAUAUUUAAUGUUUACAGCCCUUCUGGGACUGUUCUUCGUAACCAGACAUGGUUUGGUAAAAAGUUUGUUGAUGUUCACAUUUUCGAAAACCCAUUGGGUAUUAAGUUCCGCGUUGUGACGUUAGCUAAAGCUGAAUGUGUUGGAAUUAAUGAAUGGCAAAGAGAAUAUACUUGGUUUCCUGGUUAUGCAUGGAAAAAUUGUAUGUGCUCUCAUUAUGGUCACCAUUUAGGAUGGAUGUAUGAGCCUUUAGCAACUGCCAAUAACAGACAGGCAUUUCCUUCAAGUGAGGGUUUUUAUGCAUUGAUAGUGGACGAUAUCAUAUCAGAGAGCUCAUACGAAAAUAUCCUGGAUGAAAAAUCAGUUUGGAAGAAAUAGAGGGAGGAAGAGAGACCAAAAACCACCUUCUAACACUUGCAGUAAACAUGGAUGUGGACUUAGGAAUUGAUGAAAAAACAUUAUUUCCAGAGUAAGA